GAAGAAGAACUCUCCUCACUAAGCAGCGUCUCGUCGGCUCGCUCAGACUCACUAAAAUGGCGUCUGCUCCCGAUUACAGUUCCUACAGCCAGAGUGGUGCUCAGCAGGGAUAUGCCUCCUAUGCUGCCCAGCCAUCACAGAAUUAUGGUCAAUCAGCACAGCAAGGCUAUGGACAGCAGAAUUAUGGAUCAUACACUCAACCUGCUGCAGCUGCUGCUGAUAGCAGUUACACCCAGACAACCCCUGCAGCUGCAGGAUAUCCUCAGCAGCAACAACAAUAUGGAUCGUCAUAUGGCCAGCAGCCAGCAACUGGUUAUCCUCCUGCCCAGUCUACUACUCAUGGCUAUUCACAGUCAACCCAGAGUUACGGGGCUAGUGGUUACGAUAGCACUCCUGCUACUGCUGCUGCUCCAGCUGCCUCCCAGUCUUACGGCUCUCAGCCAGGGUACACUGCCCAAUCUGCCUACCCUGGGUAUGGUCAACAGGCUGCACCUUCUGCGCCUCAGAGUGCUAACACCCAACCAGCUAGUUACAACCAAAGCACUUACUCCCAAACGACAUCUUAUGGACAGCAACAGCCUGGAUAUCAGGGUCAGCAGGCUGGCUAUAACCAGCAGCAGGGAUACCAACAGCAGACACCACAGCAGCAACAAGCCCCUCCUGCUUACCCUCCACAGGGUGCUGGUUCCUAUGGCCAAACAGCAGCUAAUCAAUACAACCAGCAAGGUGGACCACCCAGUUAUAACCAGUCUGGCCCUUACAGUAACUACAGACAGGAUGGCCAAGGUGGAGGUUCUGGCUAUCCAGGCUCUGAGUCUGGAAGGUACUCUGGGGGUGGAGACAACAGGGGCCCGGGUAGGGACGGCUUUGACCGAGGUGGAAUGAUGCAUCGUGGGCGAGGCAUGGGUCGUGGAAUGGGCAGCGCUGGAGACAGAGGUGGCUUCAGUAAGCCUGGUGGACCCAUGAACAGCGAUGAACGUGAAAUGGGACGUCCAGAAGAGCAGGAUGAUUCUGAGAACAGCACGAUUUACAUCACUGGGUUGACCGAGAAGGCCAACCUAGAGGAAAUGGCUGAAUUCUUCAAGCACGUUGGGCCAAUAAGGAUGAAUCGCAGACUGGGUCAGCCUGCUAUCAACAUCUACACAGAUAAGGACUCAGGAAAGCCUAAAGGAGAUGCCACCCUGUCUUAUGAGGAGCCCAUCUGUGCUAAAGCAGCUGUAGAGCAUUUUGAUGGAAAAGAGUUUCAAGGUCGAAGACUUAAGGUGUCCAUGGCACGGCGAAAGCCCAUGAUGGGUGGAAUGAGGGGUGGUAUGCCCAUGCGUGACGGCAUGAUGGGUCGUGGAGGUAUGAUGGGACGAGGAGGGGACCGUGGAGGUUUUGGUCCACGAGGUGGCCCACGUGGAAUGGGCAGAGGUGGACCCACAGGAGGAAACAUGCAGCAAAGAGCAGGGGACUGGGAGUGUCCUAAUCCGGGUUGUGGUAACCAAAACUUUGCUUGGAGGAUGGAGUGUAACCAGUGCAAAGCUCCCAAACCUGAGGGCUUGGGUAGUGGUCCUCCUUUCCCCCCAGGUGGUGACAGAGGCAGAGGUGGACCAGGAAUGCGCGGAGGCAGAGGUAUGGACCGUGGUGGGCCAGCAGGAGUCGGAGGCCCAGGUGGACCCGGUGGUUUCCGUGGUGGUUGGGGAGGUGACCGUGGUGGAUUCAGAGGACGUGGCGGCAUGGACAGAGGAGGGUUCCGUGGAGCCGGACGUGGAGGACCGCCCAUGGACCGAAUGGGUGGCAGAGGGGGAAGAGGAAUGGGACCACCUGGUGGCAAGAUGGAUAUGAGGGACCAUCGCCAGGAGCGUAGAGACCGGCCUUACUGAAGGAAAACUUCUCGAUUGUUCCUGUUGUGGAAUUUCAUUUUUAAAAGAAGUUUUAAUUUAUGAUUCCAUAUUUUGACAACCUGUGCAGUUUGUCCACUCUGGUUACCGUUUUAAUUUUCUUUUUUUAGUUAGUGUUUACGCUGCAUCCUGUAUUGUGCAUGUUUUUGUUUUUUAAAUAUGAACAUUAGGUUUGACAUUGUAUCGUAAAUGCAGUAUUUUCCAUUGAUUGAUGUAACUGUCCCUCCUUUCCCAUUACUUAAGUUGUACAAUGACAAACUUGGCAAAUAAAAUUUUGUGAAUUUCA